AUGUCCUGGCAAGCCUACGUCGAUACUAGCCUCGUUGGCUCCGGCCACAUCGACAAGGCCGUGAUCGUCAGCGCCGCCGGCGACAGCACUUGGGCCGCGACCGAAGGUUUCUCAGUCGGCGCCGAUGAGCUCAAGAACCUUAUCAGCAUCCUGAACGAGCAAGACAAGAAAGAUGGUCCGGCUGUGAUCAAGGCCUACUCGGAUGGCAUCCAUGUCGCGGGCGAGCGCUAUGUGGCCACAAGAAUCGAGGACCGCCACGUCUACGGCCGCCAUGGUAAGACAGGAAUCUGCGUCGUGAAGACGGGACAGGCCAUCCUUAUCACCCACUAUGGCGAGAACGCCCAGGCCGGCAACGCGACACAGACCGUUGAAUCGCUCGCCGACUACCUGAUCAAGCAUGGCUACUAA